AUGAUACACGUCUUUCAAUUGUCUACAUUCUGGCUGCUUAUUGUUUUGGCUGCCUGCCAGGACAUUAACGAUAUUGACCGGUAUCUUGAUCCUUUUGAUCCCAACCCUCGUUUCAUCGUCAAGAAUGGCCACUUGAUGGUGAUGACGGGCCGGAAUAAGGACCUUGUGUUCCGCUCCUCAGGCAAUGGUCGAGUUAAGAUAAAUGGCGAUGAUAUUGCCGCAUUGAGGGCUGGUUCCAUCGCUCCAUCGUCAGCUGAUCAGCAAAGCGGAGAUGUGGCUGGCUCUCGCACUACCGAUCUAGCCUUUCAAAUAACCGAACUAGUAAACAGACGAGUGGAGGAGAGGAUGGCCAGCAUCAAUGCCAGUCUGGAGGCGGAUGAUCGCACGGCGAAGCUUCGUCGUCGUCAGCUCUCCCGACUGCAGCGCAGCUUCAGCAAGCUGGAACGUCUGCUCAAUACGGACGAGUGCAAACCGGUGAACCCUUGUCAGAAUGGCGGCGACUGCGAGGACGCCUUUGGCAGCUAUAUUUGCCGUUGUCCAGCUGGCUUUCAGGGCGACAACUGCGAACAGGACGUGAACGAGUGCGAGCGGUACCAGGGCACUGAGUUGGGCUGUCAGAAUGGCGGCACCUGUCUGAACACCUUUGGCGCCUUCCACUGCGUCUGUCCGGCGGCCUUCCAGGGCGUCCGCUGUACGGUCCAGUUCAAUGACUGCCGAAACGCCUCCAGCCACGAGAUCUGCGGCAGUGGAGAGUGCUUCGACCUGCCCAGGACGAGCAGCGGCGUCGCCCGCUACCGCUGCGUCUGCUACCAGGGAUUCACCAAGAGCAUCGCACACUCGGAGACGGCGCCCUGCGACGCAGACGUGGACGAGUGCGCCACAGGGAUUCACCGAUGCUCCCGCAAUCCUCCCGUCGCCUGCUUCAACACCAGAGCCGGCUACCAGUGCGGCCCCUGUCCGGCGGGCUACACCGGCGACGGCUACAGCUGCACCCUCUCAGCUGAUCUCUGCAAUGUAAACAAUGGCGGGUGCUCGCUCUCGCCACGAGUCAGCUGUUUCAGCAAUCUGGGCCGUGUCAUCUGUGGGCCCUGUCCGCCUGGUUUUGCUGGUGAUGGAACAACAUGCACUCAACUGGACGGCGACAUUUGCUCUUCAGGCAACGGCGGCUGCUCAUCGCAAGCUCGAUGCGUCGCCAACACGGCCAUUUCUGCCACAUACCGAGACUGUCUCUGUCCGCCGGGCACCACCGGCACUGGCAUCGGAACGAAUGGCUGUACCCGGCUGACCGGGGACAGCAGCUCAAUGUCCUGCGACAGUCGACCCUGUCAGAAUGGCGGCACAUGUGUUCCCUAUCGAGGCGGGGUGUACUGCUCCUGCCUGGCGGCCUUUUCCGGCACCUUCUGUGAGCUUCGAAUACUGAACGCCUGCAGUAGUAACCCCUGUCAGAAUAGCGGUGAAUGCGUGAACACCGGAACCGCAGGAGGUUACAGCUGUCUUUGUAACAAAAGCUACAACGGGCGAAACUGCGAUCAGCCCCGAGCAAACUGUGGCUACGAAGAGUUGGAUUUUGAGGCGGGAGUUAUAACGUAUCCCCUAUCUAAUGACAGCAACAUCAACAAUGCAAACAUCUGCACUUGGGUGAUCAAAAACUCCAAUAGUGAGGACAAAGUGCUCAACAUCACCUUUACCAAAUUCAAUCUGGGGUCUAGAAUGGCAACAAAUUGCAGCUUUAGACGUCCAAAUUUGGUCCUAUUUGACGGACUCACUUUAGAGCACCCUAGGAAAGGUCCAUUUUGCGGGAAAAAUCUUCCGAAUAGGGAUGGAAACUUUAUCAGCUCCUUCAACACUGUCAUCUUGCGCCUUCAAACUGGUACAUCAAACUCAACAUCAUCAUCGGCUUCAUUUGACUUGAACUGGCUCACAACAGAGCGAGGCUGCGGCGGCAAGUUUAGCGGUAUGACUCACGGCCGAAUCGAUUCUCCUACGACUAGCCCUCAAAAAACGUCAAAUGGACCACUGGAGUGUCGCUGGUCGGUGGAGGCAGAUUUCGGCAAGCGGAUUCAAUUUGUCUUCAACCACCUUCAGCUACCAUCAGCUCAAAACGCAGGGCCAGACUGCCCAAACUUCCUCGAAAUUAGAGAAGGCAUCGACUUCAGCCGACUCAACGAUACCUCCAGCACAAUAGUGCGCUUCUGCAAUUGGACCUCAACGGCGGAGUUCUCUGCCCCUGCCCCGGUCACCUCGGCGGGCAGCUCGGUGACGGUGCUCUUCCGCUCAGCAGAUGGCCGGGCCAGCCUGCAGGAGAAGGGCUUUCAGGCGCUCUUCCACCAGGUGCCCGGCGUCUGUGGGGGCGUGCUAACCAGCGCCCAGGGCACCAUCAGCCCACCGAUGCGCACCGCAGCUCGAGACGAGCUGGUGUACCAGCCAAACACCGCCUGCGACUGGCUGAUCAGAGCACUGCCCUCGGAGCGAAUCUCCAUUCGCUUUCUCAAGUUUAGCGUUGAAGCAGGCGCACGCAGAGAGAAUGGAGUUCGUCUCAAGGAGCGAAAGUGCAUUCACGAUGUGCUGGAGGUGCUGGACGGGCCGGAGAGCACUUCGCCGCUUAUUGCCCGACUGUGCGGCUACCAACAACCACCGGCGUAUACCAGCUCCGGGCGGUACAUGAGAAUCAGAUGGAAGAGUGAUGGCAGCGUUUCGCGACAGGGAUUUAUCAUUGACUUUAAAUCAAUUUGCGGUCGUGAGGUGGAAGUGGACACGACCAAGAGCUCCACUCUCAUUCAGUCGCCCGGCUACCCGGCGCCUAUUCAAGCAAGCAAAAACUGCACCUACGUCCUGAUUGCCCCUCCCGGCUACGCAGUGAAGCUGACCAUCGAAGAGAUGGACAUUGAGCCGGAUGAGAAGUGCCGCUUUGACUAUCUACUCUUCGGUGGGCAGAAGUACUGCGGCAGCAGUCUGCCGGCGCCCUUCUUUUCAAUGGGCAGCGAGCUUCGCUUCACACUGGUCACUGACCGCUCCAGGCCGAGCAAGGGCUUUUCCGGUCACUACACUGCCUUCUCGCUGGGUUGCGGUGGGACGCACCGACAGGGCCAGCCGGUGGUGGACUUGACGCUGGAGCGCCUUGGUGAAAGACCGGCCACUGAUUUGUGCUUCUGGGAGCUUCAGGCCAAUCAGUCGUACCUGGUCCUGUUGCAGUUCCAGCUCACUGAAUUCACAACCGAUCUGUCCAAAGAGUUGGGAGGUUUUGAAAUAUUCUACGAAACAAUCGGCAUGGGUUGCGGCGGACUGCUGACUGCCGAUUCAGGAAUAAUCGAAUCGCCAAACUAUGCGACUUACCAAACGUUGACCGACUGCAGCUACUCCAUUCAGGUGGCCCAAGGUUCGGCCAUUCAGCUGUACUCUGUUGAUUUGAGCCUACAGCCAAGUGGUCAAAGCGGCUGUCUUUUUGAAGUGAAAGAACUUCAAAUUUGGGAUGGAGCGGAUGAGGGUGGAAGGCCGUUUGGUCGCUUCUGCAGAACCGCCAACAGUGACAACCAACUUCCGCAACUCAUCUUCACCUCAAGCAGCAACAAAGCGUUCUUAAGGUUCAAGUCAAUCAACCCAACGACAUCCACAGCGAGCACCAGUAGCUUCCAGCUCCGGUACACCACCUUGUGCAACCGAACACUGUCGGGCACUCACGGCGUCAUUGAGUCACCCAACUAUCCCAAUCCACAUUCGCACAAUCUGAGCUGCGAGUAUCACCUCCUGGUGCCCAGGGGAAACAAUGUGACCGUUUCCUUUACAUCGCUCAAUCUGGAGCAGCUCAUUCGACGAAGCAGUAAAAUUGACUGCUCCUACGAUUACGUCAACAUUAGCCAGGUGAACAGAACUCAUCAGCUGUCCAUUGACCAGGUGGACCUAAUCAGCCUACUGAUGCCUGUGAAUCAGUCGGCUUUUCUGAACAGCAAAACCUUCUGCGGCAACUUCACCGGCAAUCUGCCGCCGCCAAUAACGUUCACCUCAAAUGAGCUGCUAAUCACCUUCCAGUCGGACCGAACUGUCUCCGUCAACAGUGGCUUUCGCCUGGAGUGGGGCGCUGUUGGCUGUGGCGGCAGCUUCAUUCUUCGGCAGAAUGUCUAUCGAAGGCGAAAGAACGUCAUCACGUCCCCUAACUAUCCUAAUAAGUAUCCUCACUCCGUUGAGUGUGUCUGGUACAUCCAAGCACCAGAAGGUCAUCGAGUUGAUCUGAUUGUAGAGGACUUGGCUUUUCAUAGGGUGUCAUGGUCUGAGUGUAGUGGCGGUGUCGACCACCUCUCAAUUCUGGGAGGACCUGAUUUAAACUCACCCGAGAUUACCAAACUGUGUGGUCAUACCUCUAAUCAGCAUGUCUCUUCUAUUGGCAAUCACAUGACGGUUAAAUUCGUCGGUGACAGCUUUGAAGGGUCGCCACGCGGAUUUAAAGCCACUUUCACCACUGAUGCGCAAGGCUGUGGAGGGCGUUACACGACUGGCUCUGGAUUUGUUGCAUCUCCUUCGUACGACGGUCGAGGCAGCCACUAUGACCCUCACUCAGACUGCUCGUACACCAUUGAAGUGGGAAGUCACAGUAACAUCAUGUUGACGCUGAAUGAUUUGCAAAUUCCCAUCUUGGCGCCCGACGGAAACUGUAGUGCUGCCUAUCUGGCAGUCUACGAUUCAGCCAGCCAGAUGGAGGGAAAGUUAUUGGGCAAGUUUUGCGGUGAUAUGAGCUCGGUGGCGAAUCCGGUGAUGAACAGCACCAACGGCGUGCUCUUUCUGCGCUUCAAAGCCGAUGGCCUACGAUCAGGAAGAGGGUUUAACGCAUCAUUUAGCGCCUUAUGCAGCAAGACCAUUCUAAUUCGAGAUGAGGACCCCUACCAGGUGCUCACUUCGCCCAACUACCCUCAUGUGAUGCAACGGCAGUAUGACUGCUACUACAUUCUGAAAGCAGCCAAUCCCUCGUCCACCAUUGCCGUUCAGAUGACCAACGUUCAAAUUCCUACCUACAAGCAUCAGCAGGUCGGUAAUGAGUGCAAGCGUCACCACAUUAAUUUUUACAAUGGAGAAGCUGCGGUGGCGGAUAAACUGCUGCACCACUACUGCUUGAAUGAAAUAGUACCGCCAAUUAUCUCAAGUGGAAGCUCUAUGUUCAUCGCCUCGCUUUAUACCGUUUUUCGGCUCAUGGUUUCGUCGGUCAAUGGCUUUUGUGGCGGAGACUUUAACGCCCUUGCUGGUGUUGUGUCCAGCCCGGGAUACCCAAACAGCUACACAACUAAUAUUGAGUGCAUCUGGGUUCUGAAGGCCUCUCCAGGAAAUAGAUAUGAGCUUGAAAUGAUGGACUUUGACCUUGAAGCAUCAGACUACUGCAAUGGCGACUACGUCGAAAUUCGACAGGGCAGCUCUAGUGGAGCGCUUUUUGGCGGCCGUCGCCUCUGCGGCAGUAAGGACAGUCUCCCAAGUUUGGACUCUCUAUUUAUUGGUGAUAUUUGGAUCAAGCUUCGAACUGACGAAGCGACAGUAGCAAAAGGUUUCAUGCUGCGUUUCAAGACCGCUACCAAUGUAGUGCUUUCCGGAGAAACGGGACAAAUUGCUUCACCGGGCUUUCCAAACGGCAUCUACGCUCUGAACCAGAGUUUCACGUACUCCAUUGUCGUCGCACCGAAUCAAUACGUAAAGAUUGCUUUUGAGACGCUAGUUUUAGAUGGCGGUUACAGUGACUACGGGUGUCGGCAAAAGCUGAGCAUUUUUGACGGACUGCUGGAUACCACCCAAUUGGAUGCCAGUUCAGUGGAGCAAAGCUCGUAUCGUCACUUGCCGAGACCAAAACUCCGUCUGUGCUCCACGACACACCCACCACCAUUUGCCUCGGAGGGCAACGCAGCCACAGUGGUCUUCUCGGCGACUCAGAACAACUUUUUGCAGGCCAAGUUCAGCUUUAAGUGGUCGAUGAUCAAUCGCAGCGAGCUGGCGCAGCAGUUUGAUGAGCACCUUGAGGGCGUUCCCGCCAACGUCAACUCUACCUUCAACCUUUUUGCUGGCCAGCUGGGCCAGUCGGUCAGCCUGACUGACGGCAACUACAGCCAGUGGACGGGAGCUAGAAGUGAUGUCAACUUUUACCUGAGCACGCACAGUUGGCUGCACUGGAACCUCUCUUGGUCGGGGCUGAGCUUUCCCCAUUCUGAUGGCUGCUGGGAAAAUCACAUUUUUGUGUACCUCUGGAAUGGCAACAAGUUCCAGAAGGCUAAAACCAUCUGCAGUGGCAAUUCAAUCCGACCUUUAGAGCUGCCUGGCAGUAAUCUGGUGAGGCUGCACAUGCAAUACAAUCAGAUUCUUUCUUUAACGCCGCAGCAGCAGCUUGACAGUGUGCCACACUACAAUCUCACCCUGGUGCCAGUGUGCGGCGGAAACUUUACCGAGCCAAGUGCAACCAUCAACUCUGAAGAAGUGGCUGGCAGGCCCUCUCUUUCCGGUGCUACCACCUGUCAUUGGCUGGUCAGGGUGCGACAGGGAAAGACCAUUGAGUUCACCGUGGUCUACUACUUCAUUGGCGUCUGCAGCACGCAGCUGGGUGAAUCUCUAAAGAUCUUCAACGGCGACUCAGAACGUUCGCCCCUGCUGGCGCCGCCACUGUGUCACAAUUCGAACAUGACCUCCUUUAAGCUGCCGCAGACGGCGGGUAAUGUUGCCUUCCUCGUCUUCAAGGCUUCAACGAAUAAAGAU